CCCGCCCCUAUGACCCCGCCCAUGGUCCCGCCCCGCGGCGAGCUCGGCGCUGGUCCUGUCAGCGUCAGCCCGCGGUCGCGUCCACCCGCGACGCUCUGAGGUCACCGACGGAGCCGGAGAGCAGGGGGCGGAGGGACGGAGGGAAGAUGGCGGCGGAGGCCGGAUAUUGGCGCCGCCUCCCCCAAUCCUGGAGCCGGCGCAGAUGAGGCGGCUCGGCUGGGGCCAGCGGCGCUUCGGAACACGAGCUGGGGGGACCCUGGCGGUGGGGCCUGGCCCUGCUAUAUGCCGGCGCCUCGGCUAGAGUGAGCGGCGGCGGCGACGCCUCUUUCCUCCGGCACUUUCCCUGUCGCUGUGAGUCCUAGCGGGUGGCGGAGCCGGGAUGGAGGACGUUAACUCCAACGUGAACGCGGACCAGGAGGUGCGGAAGCUGCAGGAGCUGGUGAAGAAGCUGGAGAAACAGAAUGAACAGCUGAGGAGCCGCUCUGGGGCGGUGCAGAGCGCCGGCCCCCUCGGGCCCGGCAGUCCGGUUCGGGCCGGCGCGUCCACUCCAUCCUCCGGGACGGCGUCCCCCCGGGGCUUCCCCUUGGGCCUAAGCUCCAAGUCGGUCUGCGGGGCCGGCUCGGGCCCAAGGCGGACAAGUAGCGAGGAGCUGCGAGAGGCCACCUCCUUGCUGGCGGCGGGCGAGGGCGGCUUGCUGGAUGAGGUGGAGCCGCUGCGGCCCGAGGAGCUGGAGCGCUUGUCAGGCUGGGAGGAGGAGGAGGAGAGCUGGCUUUACUCAUCACCAAAGAAAAAACUGACACCAAUGCAGAAAUCAGUUAGUCCAUUAGUUUGGUGCAGGCAAGUUUUGGAUUACCCAAGUCCUGAUGUUGAAUGUGCUAAAAAGUCUCUUAUCCACAAACUUGAUCAAACUAUGUCAGCUCUCAAGAGGCAGAAUUUAUAUAACAAUCCUUUCAACUCUGUGAGUUAUACAAGCCCUUACAGUCCAAAUGCAAGUAGCCCAUAUAGCAGUGGUUUUAAUUCUCCGUCCUCAACCCCAGUGCGCCCUCCUAUAGUCAAACAACUUAUACUUCCUGGAAAUUCAGGUAAUUUGAAAAGUUUAUCAGACAGAAAUCCUCCACUCAGUCCUCAGUCCUCUAUAGAUAGUGAGUUAAGUGCUUCAGAAUUAGAUGAAGAUUCAAUUGGAUCCAAUUAUAAGCUAAAUGAUGUAACCGAUGUGCAGAUUCUAGCUCGGAUGCAGGAAGAAAGUCUCCGGCAAGAAUAUGCAGCCACCACAUCUCGGCGCAGUUCUGGUUCAUCUUGCAAUUCUACAAGACGGGGUACUUUUAGUGAUCAGGAACUUGAUGCGCAAAGUUUAGAUGAUGAAGAUGACAAUAUGCAUCAUGCAGUAUACCCUGCUGUUAACAGGUUUUCACCAUCACCACGCAAUUCACCUCGACCGUCACCUAAGCAGUCACCCAGAAAUUCACCUCGUUCACGAUCUCCGGCUCGGGGAAUGGAAUAUAGUAGAGUAUCCCCACAGCCUAUGAUUAGCCGCUUACAGCAACCUCGCCUUUCACUUCAAGGCCAUCCUGCAGAUUUACAGACAAGCAAUGUUAAAAAUGAAGAAAAACUAAGACGCAGUCUUCCAAACCUGUCCCGAACAUCUACUACACAAGUUGACUCAGUGAAAAGCAGCAGAAGUGAUUCAAAUUUUCAAGUGCCAAAUGGAGGAAUACCUCGCAUGCAACCUCAGGCUUCAGCCAUACCUUCUCCAGGCAAAUUCCGCUCCCCUGCAGCACCAUCUCCUUUGGCUCUCCGGCAACCAGUGAAAGCAUUUAGUAACCAUGGCUCUGGCUCUCCUGGUAGCCAAGAAAUAACACAGCUCACACAAACCACCUCCUCACCUGGACCUCCCAUGGUUCAGAACACAGUCCCAGCAAAUCCUCCCAGCAAUAUCAACAGCGCUACUCUAACCAGACCUGCAGGGACAACUGUAAUGAGGAGUGGCUUGCCCAGACCCAGUGCCCCUUCUGCUGGGGGUAUACCAGUGCCUCGCAGCAAACUUGCACAGCCUGUUCGCAGAUCCUUGCCAGCUCCUAAAACCUAUGGUACCAUGAAAGAUGACAGUUGGAAAGAUGGCUGUUAUUGACCAGCAAAGACAAGCAUGCAGAGGUCCACAGCUUCAUGGACACCCCUUCACCAGGCUGAAGAACAACUUUUAUAUGCAGACUGUUCAGAUAAGACUCUUGGGGUUUAUAAAAUCCCAGCCCUCUCUGUCUUAAUUAGCACAAACUGACAGAGAUGAUCAAGCAGCACUUUAAUGACAUUUAACAUCAGAUGUGUUUGGUAAUCAUACAGUCACUCUCCAUGGAAUCAUUUUUAGUUUUGUUUAAUAGGAACCAAGUUGAUUUUUUUAAUAUUUGACAGAGGCCAAUAACUGGGCAAAAACCUAAUGGAUGCCAAAGAGAAACGCCCAUUUGUAAAUGAGAGAGUAACUUCAUGCACAACAAAAUGGUGAAUUCAGGCUAUCUGACCUCACAGUCAACCUAAUUUACUAUAUAAAUAGUACCAAUAAAUAUUUGUGUUAAUGAGAACUAAUAUUCUGACUAAUUAUCUAAAGUGUUUCAUUAGUAUUUCACUAGCACUCCAGGAAACUAGAUCGAGAGAAGAAUAAGAAACUUGGACUAGGGAUUUGAAGCAUGAUAUCUAAAUUUAGGAGAAUUCUAGAAAUUAUUUUUGCAGAUUCAUUAGAAAAAUUGUUUAAUAGAAAUGUCAUUUUGUUUAAUCUUAAGUUUUGGAUGUAGCUAACACAUUACCACCACCAACAACAAAUAGUGUCACGGCGUGCAUCCAUCAUGUUGCAUUGACAUAUCGGACUUUUAUGUGUUUGUUUUGAUUGCCAAAAGGGCUUAAUAUCAGUUGUACAAUCUUUCUAAACUUUAUAGUUCCUGGCUCAGGAAAGAUGGCCUUUGCUAUUGAAGCCAACUUUUUCACACGCUGUUAUCUAUUACAGAACUAAGAAAUCGUGUUUUUAUUAGCAGGCUUCCAUGAUGGGAAAGAGCAAGUAGUAUGUCUUUAUUCUUGAUACAAUAACACCUCAGUGCUUACAACCUGGAACAAAACCAUACAGUGAGAGAAAGAGAGGGAAAAAAAAUCUAUGCACUCAACCUACAAAAUCUCUGGUGACGACAGUUGUAUUGUUGAUAUUAAAUGACAGAACAGUCUUUUGAGUGGUAGGAAAAUAGAGCGUGCUGAAUCCUACUUAAGUUGGUCCACUUUAAACUGUAACUGUAUAAAAUAUCUUUUAAAAAUACUGUCCCCUUUGACUUAGAUUUUGCCUUACAUCAGUUUUUGCGUUUUUGGCAACAAAUGAAAGCUACUACAUAUGACUAUAACCGUUAAAUACUUGCUCUCUAAUGGCUGUUAUAUAUACCCUUGAAAUCACUUAUUUUGGUUUUAUCAGACUUACUACCAGACUAAAACUUCUUCUGCAACAGGCUUCUCAUAUUUAAUAGUGAGGUCUGUUUUUAAAUAUUUAAUUUGAACAGCUCUAAAAUGUUGGAAAUCAGGUCACCUAAAAGAUUUUAGAGAUUUGAACAUAGUUCAUUUCCUGUUAAUCAAAAACAUUCUGUAAGUUGGCAAAAGAAAGUGAGAGAGAAAUGGAAGGCUUGAUAUUCAGGACAGCAUUGAGGUUCAUAGGCUAAGGGAGUGAUAAAACUUAUAACCAAGACCCCCAUUCUGCUGUGACUGACACCAUGGUAGUAUUUAUUAGCUUGACCAGUAGGAAGUCAUUCAGUUAGCACAAGCAGCUGGAGAUUUAAACUGCCAGUACUAACGUAUUUUGAUGUAUAAUGCAAGGAAGAAAUUUAUCCUUGAAUUUGAGGGUAAUGGGGUGGGUCGGGAAAGAUGGUACCAGAAUUCCACAUGAUGAUGAACUGAAAAGUGUUGCGUUUCAGAGGAAGAUAAAGCAAGCAUCUGCUCUGGGUGGGGAGGGUAUCUCAUGUAAAUCUAAGUAAGUGAAAGAAAGAACUAGCCACUGUCUAUUUUGAAAACCACAUAUACACAAAAUAAAAUAGGUCUCAGUUUUCAGUGCAACAUUGCAAAACAAAACAAAACAAAAAUAUGCUGCAACCUAAUAAUUCUAUUAUGAAACAUCCAUUACAUUUUUUAAGUUUAAUCAGUUUUAAAAGGAGUAUUCAGGUUAUUGAACUUUGUUUUUUAAAUGGCUGCAUCAGAAAAAAAUGUCUUUUUUUUUUUUAACUAAAAUAUUUCAUCACUAGUUAAAAUUUUAUUUUGGAUCUGAGUUUGGUAAAGUAUUGUUUUACCUGCUGUUGUACUACCACAGACUAUUGGCUUUCAGUUUCCUAAAGAGAAAAAUUGCCUUUUUACUAGGAAGCCUUUGUGUAUUGCCAAUUUUUCUGUUUGGGGAAAUCUAAGGAUCACUGUGGUUAGUCUUACAGAAGAAAUGUGGAUUUGAUAAACUAGUGCCUAUGAUUUUAACUUAUGUUUGAUAUAUAGUAGUAAGGGUUUUAUGAAUGUGGAUUAUUUUUUGUGCCAACAACCCAGAAUUGUCACUUAUAUGUAAGCAGAAAGUUGUGAGCUCUGCUUCCAAAGUUAUUUAAUUUUCUCAGUGUUUGAAUGUUAUUUUUUGUAAGUGUGUUAAUAAAAGUGUAAAGAAUUGGAAAAAUGUAAAUAUUCUUAAGCAUUUGCUGGAUCAUUUUUCUACAAAAAUUUUUGUAUAAUACAAAACACUCUCUGAAGAGUUGACUUUUUUUCGGUUUUCAUACCCUGAAAAUCACAUUUUGUAAAACCAGGGACCAUUCAUAAUUGUCAGAUACUUUUUAAAAUUAUCUCAAUACAUCACUUUUAUUAAGAAAAAGAAACUUUUUUUUGAAAGAAAACGAGAUACAUAUGUGGCCCCAGACGUGUGUAUAACUCUAGAAUGAUCUAGACUAUGUAUGUUUAAAUUAACUUUUUAUUGAAUGUACAGGUGUCCAUUUUUGACAUUACGCAUGGUCCUUUUAGAUCACAUGAAGUUUGAUUUGCAAACAUUUCUAUAGCCGAACUUGUAUAUGUGGUUGCCUCCUUAAUAAACAACCUGACCAUAA